UAAAAGGGCCUCUUUGUUUGGUCUCUUUUGUGCUUCUGCCCCCAUCGUCUUUCUUCGUUUUCCUUCCCCUCGUCUCAUAACAAUCAAUCUUCCUUACUCUCUUUCUGCUUCGUCCAAACGGCCAAUGGCACUUGAGGCUGUGGUUUUCCCACAAGAUGCAUUCAACUAUAGCUAUAUGUUUGGACUUGGCCAUGGCUUAGAAGCAGAACAUCAGCAACGUUUUGUUGGGAUCACAGGCAAUGCGAAUUGGGAUUACUCUUCGGUGUUGCGAGACGUGAAGGAUUCAUGGGACAGCUCUAACUCGUCUCCUCGAGAAUCUCUGUCUCCUGCGGCUUCCACAGGACGCCGAAAACGACGCCGCACCAAGACCGCCAAGAACCAGGAGGAAAUCGAGAGCCAGAGGAUGACCCACAUUGCCGUGGAGCGAAAUCGCCGCAAGCAGAUGAAUGAGUACUUGGCCGUGCUCCGAUCCUUGAUGCCUCCUUCUUAUGUCCAAAGGGGUGACCAGGCCUCUAUAAUUGGAGGCGCCAUUAACUUCGUCAAGGAGCUGGAACAACAUCUACAGUCGAUGCAGGGCCAGACUAAGAGAAAGCCACGCACUGAACAAAGCCCCUUUCCCGAGUUCUUCACGUUCCCACAGUACACGACACCUGCAACUCAGAGCAUCACCGGCUGUACGGCCCCGAACGACGUCGUGAUGGGACAAAACCAGAAGGAGGCCGGGGCCGCCGAUAUAGAAGUGAGCUUGGUGGACAGCCACGCCAACCUCAAGAUACUCUCCAAGAAACGGCAGGGCCAGCUCGUGAAGAUGGUUGUUGGGCUUCAGAGUCUCAGACUCUGCGUUCUUCACCUUAACGUCACCACAACUCUCGACGAUACGGUUCUGUACUCCGUUAGCGUAAAGGUUGAGGAUGAGAGUCAGUUGAACACAGUAGAUGAAAUUGCAGCCGUUGUGAAUCAACUAAUGCGCAGGAUUCAAGAAGAAGCUGCUUUCUGUUGAAAUUUGAGAGAAUGCUUUUCGGACUUCGGUUGUAGUAAUGUUUAAAUUAUUAUACCUUUUAGUUUAGUCUGAAUGUCUGUAUUGUAUUGGAAGAGUUUAUAAUUGCUCUGGUUUUGGCUGAACGGAACUCCUAAUAAGAACAAAAAAAUUGUGCAGAACUCAAGUAGGAUAGUUAGAAAAUGAGUAGCUUGUUCAGGGCGUGGCCCAUCUAGUCUUAUUUCACUCUAGGCAUGUACAUCCAACAGCGUCACAUGUCUCGAAGAAUUUCAUGUUUCCUGUUAAUAAAGUACCAUGAGUAGUGCUUAGUAUUGUC